AUUUGUGUUGAGAGUUAGAUGUUAUUGUAUACAUCAGAGUUUCACAACUUUUCAUUCCUCAUUUGCGAACUUUUCUUACAUGCGGAUUGCCUCGAACAAUAUGGAUGAAAAAGCUCAAAGAAACACUAUUGUAUUCAAUGCCUGUAAAAAUGAAGUGUUCACACCAAGUAAUGGUCUAAAGACACUCAACAGACGAUUACGAUCAACAUGGAAGAUUGUAAGCAACAAAGAAGAAGUGACACUGGACAGAUUAGCUGGGGCAAGCAUGUUUGUGCUGUGUGGCAGCCGGGAAAAAUUCACUGGAGGAGAGUUUGAUGUCAUGAAGCGAUAUAUGCAGAAUGGUGGCAGUCUGCUGGUCAUGUUGGGGGAAGGAGGGGAGUCAAGGUUUGACACAAACAUCAAUUUCCUUUUAGAAGAGUUUGGAGUUAUGAUAAAUACAGAUUCUGUUGUAAGAACAUCAUAUUACAAAUACUUCCAUCCGAAGGAAGCCUUAAUAGCCAAUGGUGUACUAAACAGAGCUGUCAGUCAUGCUGCAGGGAAAACAUUUUCUGUGACAGAAGAUGAUGAAAACAAUGCACAGGCACUGUCAUUUCUGUACCCCUACGGAGCCACGUUAAAUGUUAUGAAGCCAUCUGUUGCUGUCCUGUCUACAGGCAGUGUGUCCUUUCCUCUCAACAGGCCUGUGUGUAGCCUGUAUCAUUCCAAGGGAAAUGGCAAGCUCGCAGUUGUUGGUUCCACGCAUAUAUUUAGUGAUGGAUACUUAGAUAAAGAAGAGAACACAAAAAUCCUGGAUGUCUUGAUUCGAUUUCUGACGACAGAUGACAUAAGACUUAACCCAAUAGAUGCAGAGGACCCAGAAAUAUCUGACUACAACAUGUUACCAGAUGUGGCCAGGUUGGCAGGAGACUUGAAGACAUGUUUACAGGAGAGUGAUGAUGUUCCCAGAGAUAUUACAUCCUUGUUUGACAAUUCCCUUUUUAAACUAGACACAAGUCUGGUUCCAAAAGCCAUUAAAGCUUUUACAGAAUUACACACAAAGCAUGAGCCAUUGACAUUAAUCACCCCUUCAUUUGAAACUCCAUUGCCUCCACUUAACCCUGCGGUGUUUCCUCCUACUUUCCGAGAAUGUCCACCUCCCUCUUUGGAUCUUUUUGAUUUGGAUGAACAGUUUUCUUCAGAAAAAGUCCGACUGGCUCAGCAAACUAACAAAUGCACAGACGAUGACCUGGAAUAUUACGUGCGGGAAUGUGGGGACAUACUGGGCGUGACCACACGUCUACCUGCUGAUGCACGUGAUGCCAAACACAUCCUGGAGUAUGUCUUUGCACAAGUUGUAGAAUUCAAGAAGCUUAACCAGGAUCAGGACUAUGAUCAUGACACAGCCCAGUAUGGAGGAGAUGCAGGCACGGACGCACUGGUUCUGUAAUCAGGCACACAAGUGUUUCUGACAAGUGGAUUAAGGAUCUCUCAUAAUGGCACAUUAGAGAUGUGAUGUAACUAACUGUGAUAAAUACUUUACAAUAGAUUUGUUAACUGGAAGAGACAGACUUUUGACAGCAGUUGUGGUAAAAUAAUGCAGCAGCUUACAAUUUUGUAUUUUAAGAACUUGUCCUUGAUAGACCUUUCAUAUAGUUUAUAUAGAAACUUGUCAACAGACUCGACUUUCCAUCUGGUUUAUAUAGAAACUUGUCAACAGACUCGACUUUCCAUCUGGUUUAUAUAGAAACUUGUCAACAGACUCGACUUUCCAUCUGGUUUAUAUAGAAACUUGUCAGCAGACUCGACUUUCCAUCUGGUUUAUAUAGAAACUUGUCAGCAGACUCGACUUUCCAUCUGGUUUAUAUAGAAACUUGUCAGCAGACUCGACUUUCCAUCUGGUUUAUAUAGAAACUUGUCAACAGACUCGACUUUCCAUCUGGUUUAUAUAGAAACUUGUCAACAGACUCGACUUUCCAUCUGGUUUAUAUAGAAACUUGUCAACAGACUCGACUUUCCAUCUGGUUUAUAUAGAAACUUGUCAACAGACUCGACUUUCCAUCUGGUUUAUAUAGAAACUUGUCAACAGACUUGACUUUCCAUCUUAGUUUAGUUGAACUCAUCCACUUCCACACGAUAAAAUUACAACAUUACAUAUUGAAGUGAUUUUCAUUUGCAAAGGUAAACCACCAAAUUUGACUUGGGUAUAAUUGUGGUUUCAUUUUUCCUGUAAUGGGAGAUUACAUGAUGUGAAGAUUCCUAAUGGUUAGGUGUCUAUGUUAAAGCAUCUGUUUUAAGGCCCCCUGUCACAGAUGUGGUCAUCUACAGUAGUCACGGUCCAUUGAAUCCACCUCAAAGUAUUAAAGUCUAAAAUUUCUGAAAGUAAGUGUAAUUGAAUAAGGUUAAUGAUAAUCAGGCUUAAGAAUAUAGAGGGUUGACUUUAAACUUUAGAGGGUUUUUUUUUGACGUUUUAUUUUAAAAAGCCAGGUGGCAGAACAGAUCUAUUAUCAGAUUGGAUAUCGAGGAGUAUUUGAUUAGUGUCCAACAUUGAUAGUGUCAUCUUCAUAAAUGCAGACAUUAUAUAAAUUCUGAUGAGAAAAAUUUCCAUCCAAGAAAUACUUCAGGUAGAAAUGUCUUGCCAAGUGUGUGUGAUGUAGAUCCUGAUGCUGUGAGGUUACAGGAGGAUACUUAGUGGUAUACAUCACUCUCUUAUAAAAAAUGUUUGUUUACAGAAAACUUUUGUUAGAUUGACUAGAUGUUAACCACCAGACACAACGAUCUAAUCAUUCGACUGUAACUUCUGAUCUGUCUUGACUUCUGACUGACUGAAAACUUGUUUGAAUUAAUGGCAUUGACUCACCUUUAAAGAGUGAGCCCUUUCUUACAUUCAUGACUAUGGUAGGUCGCCCCUGGAGACUUUGGAAUUUUUCAUUCAUAUGCCCACAUUAUAGUCUCCAAGAGUGCUGCAAAUAUCACCCAAGUUUGAAAUCAGGCUGUGGACAAACUUGUUGAAAUGUGUCUUGUACGUUUUCAUCUAUAUGUGAAUUCACUGAACAUUUGCAAAAUUAGGUUUUUAAAUCUAAAACUUGUGUACAUAAAGAUUAUUUAUGA